AUGUUUUCCAAAGCCACAAAAACUUUUCUGAGAGAAAUCGAUGCAGGGGGCGAUUUGAUACCAGUCUCCAGUUUAAAUGACUGCGAUAAGGCCCAGCUUCUCAGUGUGAUGGCCAAGAAGAAGCGAUUCUGGUGGUGGCAAAAACCGAAGUACCUUUUUUCAUCGUGUGCAUGUCUUCUUGGUGAUGUACUGACUGAUGAGAAACCAGUGAACCCAGUGGUUAGAUUGAGUCUGAAUUUGUGAAAUAUCAAGGAACAUAUGUGAUGCACUAAGCACGGGCCUGAUGUAGAUUGCUUACCCCCUUUUUGGAGGCACUUCAUGGCAAGGCUGCUGGCUCUGGUCGUCGUACAAUCCACAAUCUCUAACCUUUGGCACCCUCAGAAAACAAAGAAGUAUGACAUGAACAUGCACCAUCACAUGAAAAGCUGUAACUUUAACAGUAAU